AAUUAGGUUUAAAUAUUGGAAACUAAUCGAGUUCCAUCACGUCCUCGACCGAGUCGAACAGGGAUGUAAAAGAUUAUGGAUUGCGAGAUGAGCAAAUCGAAGAUAGUUAUCGGAAUAGUGGUCGUUGCAGCAAUCAUCUUUGUUGGCGCUAUGGUAGGGACCUCGUUACGAAAACUAAGCACAGAGGAAGUCGGUGUGGCGUACAAUAUCCAUGAGAAAAAGCUGUCAACUGAGGUGAAGAGGGAGGGGCUUCACUCUGGUUCUCCUGGUUACCGCUUCAUCAUCUUUCCCAGUGUGUUUCAGAGCAUAAGUUUCGAUGACCUGGAGUGUCUAAACAAAGAUGGCAUCGAGAUAGAGUUGAAUGUACAGUUUCAGUAUCGGGCAAGACCCAAGGAACUUCGAGAUCUCAUUUUGCAGUUUAAAGACAAAGACAGCUACUUGAAACUACUAAAGAGCAUUGCUGAGUCCGCCAUCCAUGAUUCUUGUAGUGCGUUCAAUACCACACAGCUACAAUCUGAAAGAGCUUCAUUUCAAGAUCUCGUCCGUAAAACUAUCGGUCGAAGAUUUGACAAUGUAGGAGCUGAUGUCGAAGACCUACAGGUUGAAAACAUCAUGCGCCCUGAAUCCUACGAAAAAGUCAUCCGAACUAAAGAAGCCGCCAAAGAAAACAUCAAGAUAGCAGAGAAUGAACGUCCACGACUUGUUGUGGAAGCGAAAUCUGAGAAAGAAGAAGCUGUCAAGCAAGCUGAGAUCACCAUCCAGCGGGCGGAGUCGGAGGCCAGGGUGCUCUUGUCCAAGGCGGACGCAGAGGCCAGCAGUAUUAGAGCAGCAUACGCUGCAGAAACGGCAGCAUUCCAGAAACUCAAGAACGACACCCUUAGUAAUAGUGUAGCAGGACUUCUGUCGUAUCUUGGGGUGCGACUUAUCGCUGAGAACAAUAACACAGUUAAUGUAGCGCUGGAUGCUCCAGCUAAAACCAAGUAUACAUACACCUAACCCUUUAGUGCCCAACGCCUAAGCUAUAAUUCACCCUUGAAGCUGCUGCAGAUUUUCCUUUGAGGGUUAUUGGUGUCAUUAAGAUAAUCCACUUGGCAA